CUUCGAGUGCGGUGCGAAAAGCUUUAAUUGUCGGUUGUGUGCUCGGGAGCUGAAAAGUUACACAUCAAGAAAACGUUUCCUUGAAACUGCUAAAAAACUAGUUGCCAAUCCGGCCAGUUGCAAUCAAGGUGUGCUAAAGUCAAUACUAGUGCUCAAUAAAUAAACCGGUAGAUCUCAUUGCGUCGUUAGCUGUAAGAUGGCGCUGACGGAAGUCCUUUUCCUGGUGGUCGCUGUCCUGGUGGCGGUGUACAUGUGGUUCCAGCGAAACCACAGCUAUUGGCAGCGCAAGGGAAUACCAUAUAUCCCACCCACACCGAUAAUAGGAAACACGAAGGUGGUCUUUAAGCUGGAGAACUCCUUUGGCAUGCACCUCUCGGAGAUCUACAAUGAUCCGCGGGUCAAGGACGAGGCUGUAGUGGGGAUAUAUUCCCUUAACAAGCCAGGCUUGAUUAUUCGCGAUAUUGAGCUGAUCAAAUCGGUUCUGAUUAAGGACUUUAAUCGGUUCCACAACCGUUACGCUCGUUGUGAUCCCCAUCGCGAUCCCUUGGGCUACAAUAAUCUGUUCUUCGUGAGGGAUACCCAUUGGAAGGACAUUCGCAUAAAGCUCACUCCAGUUUUUACCAGCGGAAAGGUUAAGCAGAUGUAUACCCUGAUGCAAGAGAUUGGCAAAGAUUUGGAGGACGCUCUGAAGAGAAAUGGAGAGAAGAGCUCUGGGAAAUAUAUAACCGAGAUCAAGGAGAUCAGCGCCCAGUUCUCCACGGACAGCAUUGCCACCAUUGCCUUUGGGAUCCGUGCAAAUAGCCUGCAGAAUCCCAAUGGCGAGUUCCGUAACUACGGACGCAAGUUGUUUACCUUCACCAUAUCCCGUGCCAAGGACUUUUUCGUGGCCUUCUUCCUGCCCAAGCUGGUGUCGCUGAUGCGCAUCCAGUUCUUCACUCCGGACUUUGCUCAGUUCAUGCGGGGCACCAUUGGCCAUGUAAUGCAGGAAAGGGAGCGAACGGGCUUGAUCCGCAAUGAUUUGAUUGAUGUUUUGGUGGGUUUGCGCAAGGAGGCGGCGGCGGAGCCUUCAAAGCCGCACUAUGCCAAGAAUCAAGACUUCCUCGUGGCUCAAGCGGGUGUAUUCUUCACUGCGGGAUUCGAGACCUCCUCCUCGACCAUGUCCUUUGCUCUGUAUGAGUUGGCCAAACAUCCGGAGAUGCAGCAGCGUUUGCGGGAAGAGAUCAACGAAGCUUUGGUGGAGGGCGGCGGUUCAUUGUCCUACGAGAAGAUACAGUCCCUGGAGUACUUGGCAAUGGUGGUGGAUGAGGUGCUGCGCAUGUAUCCGGUACUGCCGUUCCUGGACCGCGAGUACGAGAGUGUGAAGGGGCAGCCGGAUCUGAGCCUGAAGCCUUUCUACGACUAUUCCUUUGAGAACGGAACCCCUGUGUUUAUACCAGUCUAUGCCCUGCAACAUGAUCCAAAGUACUGGACAAACCCCAGCCAGUUUGAUCCGGAGCGCUUCUCUCCCGAGAACCGGAAGUCCAUCGUGGCCAUGGCAUAUCAGCCCUUCGGAUCCGGACCCCACAACUGCAUCGGCAGCAGGAUUGGCCUUCUCCAGAGCAAACUGGGCCUCGUCAGCCUGCUGAAGAACCACUUGGUUAGGGAAUGCGAGGCUACCAUGAAGGAGAUGAGGUUCGAUCCCAAGGGUUUUGUGCUUCAGGCCGAAGGUGGCAUCCACCUGGAGAUCGUAAACGAUCGUCUCUACGAGGAGAGCGCCGCACGGGAAAUAAAUUGAGUUGGGGAAGUAUAGUAUAUAGAAAUAGAAAUGAUUGGCUGACGGUAAUCGCCUUCUGACAGCUGGCGUUUUCAUUUUAUAAAGUUGUGUCACUCAUUAUACAAUAAUCCGUGUCAGAUGCGGCGCCUGGUCUUCUGAAUAAAAACAAAAUCAUUAUAGAAUUAACUUUAAUCUGUAAACUUGACAGCUAUAAAAAUGCGCCACCAAUAAAUAAAUUUUAACUA